GUUAGCCGUCCCCGGGCCCGCCGCAUGCGUGUGCUAUCACGGAGCGGUGCUGCUGCAUGUUCCCCUUCCCCUCUGCCCUUGUCGCUGCUGCAUGCCAUGGAGCUCCGCUCCUGCACCCUGCACCCUGCACCCUGCACCUGCAGCCAGCUCCCAGAGCUCCCAGCUUCCCCAACUCCCAUGGGGUCAACAGAGGAUCGUCGGUUUCCCUGGCGCCCGCGUUUUGCUCUCAUGACCUUUUUCUCCUCCUCACCAGUCGCCACCCCGCGACGUCUUUGUACUAUAAUCCGUGGCAUAGCGGCAUAGCAUUGCUCUUCCUGCAUUCUUUCCCUCCGGUUUUGCCCCCAAACACCCUCGCAACCACACACAAUGGCUGCGCAGAACGGCGAGGACGCCUACGUCACGCUGCUGCUCAGCGACACAUACCUCCCAGGAGCCCUGGUGCUCGCCCACUCCCUGCGCGAUGCCGGCACCCCCAAGAAGCUGGCCGUCAUGGUCACGCUCGAUUCGGUGUCGGCCGAAGUAAUAACACAACUCAAGGCUGUCUUCGACUACGUAAUACCAGUGCCCCGUGUGCGAAACGCGAAGCCGGCGAACCUCUACCUGAUGAACCGCGCCGAUCUGCACUCUGCAUUCACAAAGAUCAACCUGUGGAAACAAACACAGUUCAGGAGGAUUGUGUACAUCGACGCCGACGUCGUCGCCUACAGGGCACCCGACGAGCUGUUUGACCUGGACCACCCUUUUUCCGCCGCCCCGGAUAUUGGAUGGCCCGAUCUGUUCAACACCGGUGUCAUGGCUCUGCGCCCCAACCUGGGCGACUACUACGCACUGGUCGCCAUGGCCGAGAGGGGCAUCUCUUUUGACGGCGCAGACCAGGGCCUGCUGAACAUGCACUUCAAGAACAACUACAACCGCCUAAGCUUCACUUACAACGUCACGCCCUCCGGCCACUACCAAUACGUUCCCGCCUACCGCCACUUCCAGUCGAGCAUCAACAUGGUCCACUUCAUUGGGAGCGACAAGCCCUGGGCACUGGGCAGACAGGCAUCCUCAGGGGGCUCUCCCUACGAUGAGAUGCUUGGUAGGUGGUGGGCCGUCUACGACCGCCACUACAGACAGCCGUCCCCCCCACUCACGCCGACCGACGCAUCCCCGAGUCAAGACCAGCACAAGGUUCCCGAGAUCAUUCAGUAUUUUGUCAAAGGCGAAUUCCGUCCAAAGACAACCACCUACGUUAUCCCGACCGGCCAGCCACCGCUCCACCAAGGUAGAUCCACACAUGAUGCGUAUCAUCAUGCGCCGCCACCACCCUCGCAACCUGAAUAUCACCACCAACACCAGCACCAUCACCAUCACCAGCAGCCUCAUGAGCAUCACCAUCAUGAGCAUCCGUCCCCACACCACCAUGAGAAGUCUCAGGCCGGAGACUCCUUCCCGCAUGCUUAUAUACCCCCUCCUCUCCCCAGCGAGUCGUUCAGUAAUGUUGAGGGGUCAAACGCUGAGGCUCGAGAAGAGCAGGUUUCAGGGCCCCAGGGCGGGGCUCCUGUAGUUCGCCAUGAGGAGAGGGAGCAUAAGCCUGAGCGACCCCCAGUCGAGUACAGCUGGGAUGCUCAAAGACAAGCACCGCCUGCAGAUUCCAAGCCCGAGGCUAUGAAUUUCCCGCAGAUGCACUACGAAAUGUCUUCCGAUCCAGCUCCAUUCGUCCCUCCUCCGCGAUACCCAAGCCCGCCGAAGAAUAUGUGGUAUGAGGUACCCAAAGAAAAGCCUGCUCCACCCGCUGAGAAGCCCCGGCCGAUCUUCCCUUGGGAAAUAGAGCAGCCGAGGCCUUCCCGCGUUUUCGCUGACGGUGUAUACCAACCCGAACCAUCCUUGACCGAGGGUUCGACCGUUGCGCCUUCCGGUAGGGGGGUAUUCUCCCCGGAAUCUCAAGCGACGAUGACUGAGCCUUCUAUGACAGAGUCAUCCACCGCGGAGCACAAGAGCGAGCCUAGCUCCCCUUCCACCCCUACCAUCCGGGUCACUCAUUCUGAUCCCUGGGCCUCUUUCACACGGGUCAAUGCGUGGGAUGAUGAUCCCGCCAUUGAUAAGUACGUGGGUUCCAUGCCACUGUACCGUCGACACAGGAGCUCAGGCAGCAUCGUGGGCCAGACCUCGCCCCGGGCUGCGGGUGGUAGUGGCGUCGGAUCCCAACAAGAGACGUCAGCCGGCGCAGAAUGGCGAAGACGCGGUUCCAAGUUGACCGACUUCCCUACUGCCGUCGAGCGACCAAGUCUCCCUGUCACGCCCGCGCCUAUUCGUCGGCCGAAGUUCUGGGGCGCUGGUGACCCAGGCGUCGACGACGAGGGUGAGGGUGAUGGCAGACUGCCGGCAGCGGACGGAGUGCCUGAGCAGUCGGAGUGGGACCCCGCGGCGCGGCUUCAACUGCUGGCGAAGCAACAAUCCGAGUUGCUGCUGCAGAAGCUCGGCGCUGGCGAGGUGUCUGGGGGUGGCGAAGCUGGUGGCGCGACUGGCGGAGAGAGCCACAGUAUACCUAACCGGCCGUUGCCCUUCGGCUCCGAAGAUAUCGUUUCGCCAAGGUAUAUUGCACGCUCGUCCAACGUCCUGAGUCCCCAGCCUGUCAAGCCGCCUGGUGCGGGGUCACAGGGGAUUCUGGGCCAGGCCCAGGGUGAGAGUGAGGCUACGCCGCGCAGCACCAGCGCCAGCGCCAGCGCCACCGAGACAGCCAAGCCAGCAGAGUCCGGAAGCGCCAUCCCAGAACCGUCUUUCCACGGCCCCGGACCGGCGUGGGAGAAAGAUAUGGAGGGUCUGAGUCAGUCGACCGCGUUGCCCCCGUCCGAGGAGGAGAUGGAUGUGCUGCAGACGUGAAGGGCGUCCACGGCCGCCGGCGGACGCGGAUGUACCGUGGGCGAUUGUCUGUGAUCUUAUACCCUGUUAGCUGCUGAACUAGCGAGCGCCCGUUCUUGAUUUCUCAGUUCUUGUUGCUUGCAAUGAGGGGGGGGGGGUGAAAGACAGUGGGCGAUGUAAGGGCAAGAGCGGGACAUGGCCUCGAUUUGGGGGAUGUGACCGUUGUGGGAUGAUAAGUUUGGUAUCGCACAGCCAUACUUAUUUCUAGUGCGAGGAAACGGAACGAAUAUUCUAUGAUACCUUGUGGGGGCAAGAGUGACGGUUGAGACAAGAGCAUGAGGGAUGGCGGCGGGGGUUGGUAAUAAGACCCGUGAGCCUCUUUGAGAAAACGCUGAAAAUAUCAUCUCGGUGUCUUCCAGGCCACAUGGUCUGACCACAUUUUUCUCUAUCGUACUAUUCUCUUUCCUUGCCUGCUCGUCUUUCUUCUUUUGGUAUCCGGUCGGGUGAGGCUUUUAUAAUGCGUCCGGCUUUGUUGCACUUCUCACUGUCAUUUUGGAACGCCAGGUUCUUGGGCAAUUAACUCCUUUGGCCGCUGUAUUGAUUAUGUGCAGAUUUUGGAGACGGGGAAAUUGAAGUGUGGAGGAUCAAAAUAGGGCUCGGAAAAUGAAUCGGAUCAGGC